AUGAUUUUCUUUCUUUUUUUUCUCCCUCCUCUCUCUCUCUCUGCUACGUUCACAAUGAUUUUCUUUCUCUUUUUGUUCCUCCCUCUCUCUCUCUCUGCUACGUUCACAAUGAUUUUCUUUCUCUUUUUGCUUCUCCCUCCCUCUCUCUCUCUCUGCUACGUUCACAAUGAUUUUCUUUCUCUUUUUGUUCCCCCCUCUCUCUCUCUCUGCUACGUUCACAAUGAUUUUCUUUCUCUUUUUGCUUCUCCCUCCUCUCUCUCUACGUUCUCUGCUACAAUGAUUUUCUUUCUUUUUGCUCCCCCUCUCUCUCUCUCUACCCGUUCUCUUUUCUUUUUGUUCCUCCCUCUCUCUCCCCUUCUCUCUCUCUCUCUCUCUCUCUCUUUGCCACGUUCACAUUGUUUCUUCUUCUUUUCUCUUUUCAAAGAACUUCCCCGCUUCCGUUACAAUAUCUUCUCUCUCACCUUCUCGACCCAUUAUUCCAAUUCUUCUCUCCUCUUUAACUCCCUCCCUCUCACUCUUUUUCCCUUUUUGAAGGUGUUCCUUUCCUCCUCUCUAUCUGUCUUCCCUCUUUCCUUUACCACUUCUUCUCUCUCUCUCUCUCUUAAUUACUUUUCCUUUCCUCUUUUUGUCCAUUAUUCCCCGUUUUCUUUUUUCUUUUUUCUCUUUUUAAAUAUCUUCUCUGUCCUUUUCCUUUCUUUUCUCUUUCUUUUCCUCUUCUCCUUUACCUCUCUCUCUCUCUUUCCACAUCUAUUUCGCCUUCUCUGCAGUUUUCUUUGUUUAUUUAAAGUUAUUCUUUUCACUCCCACUCUUGCUCUCUCUCUCUCUCUAUCUAUCUAUCUAUCUAUCUAUCUAUCUAUCUAUCUCUCUCUCUCUCCUCUCUUCAUUCUAUUUUUCCUUUUUUACUUGCUCUAUUUCUCUCUAGGUUUUUCGUUAUUUUUCUUUCUCUUUUUUAAAUGUCUUUCCGUCUAUCGUCUCUCUUUUUCUCAUGCUCUUCUUUCCCAACCUCUCAUCCUCCUAUCCUUCUUCUUCUUCUUCUUCUUCUUCUUCUUCUUCUUCUUCUUCAUUUUGAGCCUUCUUAGUCUUUUCCCGCCUUUUUUUUAA